GAUUUGAAAAGCCAUCUGCAAUCCAGCAGAGAGCCAUCAAACCAGUUGUGAAAGGAAGGGAUGUUAUUGCACAGGCACAAUCUGGUACAGGAAAGACAGCCACUUUUUCCAUUUCAAUUCUACAAUGUCUAGACACACAGGUCAGAGAAACGCAAGCUUUGAUUCUCUCUCCAACAAGAGAAUUGGCAAAUCAAAUUCAAAAGGUCAUCCUAGCCUUGGGUGACUACAUGAGCGUUCAGUGCCAUUCAUGCAUCGGAGGGACCAAUGUAGGAGAGGAUAUCAGAAAGCUGGACUUUGGUCAGCAUGUCGUCUCAGGAACACCUGGCAGAGUGUUCGACAUGAUCAGGAGAAGAAACCUGAGGACGAGAGCCAUCAAGAUGCUGGUCUUGGACGAAGCAGAUGAAAUGCUGAACAAAGGCUUCAAGGAGCAGAUCUAUGAUGUGUACAGGUACCUUCCCCCUGCGACCCAGGUUGUACUUUUCAGUGCUACGCUGCCACAUGAGAUCCUAGAAAUGACCAGCAAGUUCAUGACAGACCCCAUCAGAAUCCUGGUCAAACGUGAUGAGUUGACUCUGGAGGGUAUCAAGCAGUUCUUUGUUGCCGUGGAGAGGGAAGAAUGGAAGUUUGACACGCUAUGUGACCUCUAUGACACACUCACCAUCACACAGGCUGUCAUCUUCUGCAACACAAAGAGAAAGGUCGACUGGUUGACAGAAAAGAUGCGUGAAGCUAACUUCACAGUGUCCUCGAUGCAUGGUGACAUGCCUCAGAAGGAGAGAGAAGCCAUCAUGAAGGAGUUUAGAUCAGGAGCUAGUCGUGUUCUGAUUACCACUGAUGUAUGGGCUAGAGGUCUGGACGUUCAGCAGGUCUCGCUGGUUAUCAACUAUGAUCUGCCAAACAACCGUGAGCUCUACAUCCACAGAAUCGGUCGGUCGGGUCGUUACGGCCGUAAGGGUGUGGCCAUCAACUUUGUGAAGAGUGAUGACAUCAGAAUCCUGCGUGACAUAGAGCAGUAUUACAGCACACAGAUUGAUGAAAUGCCCAUGAAUGUUGCGGAUCUCAUCUAGGCUGGAAAGUAGCUACCAAGUUGAUAACCACGGGCUGCCCUCUCAUCAAUAGUGUACAGAUCAGAAAUUAUAGUUUGGCAACGGUUUACACACACGAGACUGCUAGGUGCAUUUCUCUAAAGAAAUUAUCAUGCCAUGUAAAUUUCUGUUAUUAUUGAUGCUGUUGUCCCUUUCUAUAUUUCUACGUUUUUCACCAGCAGACAAAGUAAAGCAUGAUUCUAUUGUAAAUUAUAGUCUCUUUAUUCACUCGUACCCAUUUCCCAUAUGUUGUUGCAUGUGAAUACUUACUAUCACAAUCACUUCACAUUAAAAUUUAAAACUUGAAUUAAUUUUGUUAACAUUCCACCAAUGAAAAACUUUGAGGAAUACCUUUAUUUCAUUUGCUCAGAGCCUGCAACAGAGGUAAAUAUGAGUUUAAUUAUUUUUCCAGCUCUCGACAGACAAUAGUUUCAUAGGGUUAGAACAUGGGACAAGAUACACAUUAGAGAGAUCCAAAUCAAAGGCCUAUUGAUAUUUUAUUAAAACUGUCUUUGGUAGCUUGCAUAUGACGGAUGACGAAUUAAUGUUCAAUGAUAUUGACAUAGGUAAACAUGACACAAGUAAACUUGUAUGAACAUGUAUCUUGUUCUGUAUACAGUGUAUGUCAAUUGAUUAUAAGAAUUGUACAGUGUUGUAUAUAUAUUUUUACUAUUUUAUCUGUGGUUUAGAAGAUGGAAUAAGUCGAGGAGUUUCAAGAUGUGCGACUAUGAACAUUUUAAGCAAUCAUAUUUCAAUCUACAAAAUGAACAUUUACAAAAAUGUAACUUAGUCAACUUUUCUUUGUUUUGCCUCUCGGCAUAAAUUUUCUAUCUGACUCAGAAAUAUUGAUUGAAAUCUUUGUUAAGGGGGUGAGUGAUAAUCUCAUUCACAUGAUUUAAGCAGCUUUCCUUUGUAAUAUUCUUUAUCUUUAGCACAAAGUGAGGUCAUAGGGCAACACCCAGGAGAUUUAUUUCCAAUAAUUGUACAUGUUCAUUAAUUCCUCUCCACUCUUCUAAUUUUGACCCCCCCCAAAAAAAAAAAAACGGCUUCAUUUGAAUCAUCCUGAAAUUAUAACCUUUAUGGGGAAGUUCUAAAAGCAGCUAUAUUGUUUACUUUCACCAAAAUUGCUGUUUGAAGGAUUGAACAAUAACAUUUGACAUCAAAUUUAUCAUGUGAAUAUUAUACUAGCAAAAUAGAUGAUGAAUAGAUUUUGAAAGAGAUUGAUUAAAAGUACUAUUUAUCUUGUGUAUUGCAAAACGACAAUUAUUGCAAAUCCUGCUUUAUAGCAUUGGGCUAAUCAGAAAAUGUUGGGUGAAGCGGACACAUGUAUUCAGUUUGCAUCAGUUGUGUAUAGAAUUUAAGAUAAGAUAAGUAACAAGAUAUUCCUUGCACACCUGCCGUAAAAGGUUUUAUGGAAACUUGUAGUUGAUCAAUGUUUUGUAUUACCCUAUUUCAGUUUGUAGCGUUUUCUCUUCCUUUUUUUUGUAAAAUAAAAUAAUUUGAAAGUAUUUUA